CAAAAUGUGAUCUAGUGACUAGUAAAGCUUGUAGUUUUGCGCCUACCCCAACCCCUCACCACAUCAAAAACCACCAUUUCUCUCUUUUUCUUGUUCCCCAAUUUCCUUUCAUCGAUCUUAUUUUCUUGUCCAUACUUCUACUUCCUCUGUUCUCCCACUUUCCCCAAAUUUCAAAAUCUAGGGUUUUUUCUUCUACCUUUCCCUCUCCUCCAUACGUGAUCUCCUCCGAAAUCUAACUCCCUUUUAUCUUUAUCUUUUCACCUUGUGCUUUUUGUCUAAGUCAAAUUUUGCAAAUUGCUUGCUGUAGAUCUGUCUUCCAUUUUUAAUCCAACUCAAGCUUGCUGUUCUUCUUUUUCACUCGUUUGCCGCCAUGUUUUGGAAGCUCACUACGUUAUCUGCUACUUCUCCUGUCGAGGCAAUAUUAGACAAGGAAAAUUUCACUUUGGAAGAAUUAUUGGAUGAAGAAGAUAUAAUUCAAGAAUGCAAAGCUUUAAAUAGUCGCCUAAUCAACUUCCUACGAGACAAAGAUCAGGUGGAGCAGCUUCUGCGCUAUGUUGUAGAAGAACCUCCAGAGGAUGCUGACAUGAAACGCACCUUUAAGUUUCCGUUUGUGGCUUCAGAGGUUUUUUCAUGUGAAAUUGAUGUUAUUUUGAGAACAUUGGUGGAGGAAGAGGAGAUGAUGAACUUGCUGUUUUCAUUUUUGGAACCCAACCGAUUACAUAGCACCUUGCUUGCUGGGUAUUUUAGCAAAGUUGUUGUGUGCCUCAUGCUAAGAAAGACUGUCCCACUCAUGAAUUAUGUACAAGCUCACCAGAAUGUUUUCCAGCAGCUUGUCGAUUUGAUUGGAGUUACUUCCAUUAUGGAGGUCUUUGUUCGACUUGUAGGUGCUGAUGAUCAUGUUUAUGCCAAUUACAUGGAUGUUAUGCGAUGGCUGGCUGAGAGUAAUUUGUUGGAGAUGAUAGUUGAUAAACUGAGCCCUUCUUGCCCGUCUGAGGUUCAGGCUAAUGCAGCAGAAACACUCUGUGCUAUUACACGGAAUAUGGGAUCACCACUUUCUGCAAAGCUUUCCAGUUCCAGUUUUGUCGAAAGGAUCUUUGCUCAUGCACUUGAUUACUUCUCAACUAAAUCGGGUCUAGUACAUUCUCUUUCUGUAUGUAUAUCUCUAUUGGAUCCAAGGAGAUCGGCUUCUUCUUUGUUGUAUCAUUCUUUACGAGGUCAACAUAUGUACGAGGCUCCUAUUGCUGUAAAUCCUGAAACUGUGAGCGCAAUGUUACCUAGAAUUGGCGAUUUAUUAAUGCUUUUGAAUGUGAGCUCUGAUGAAAAGAUUCUACCGACUCCAUAUGGUGAAUUAAGACCACCUCUAGGAAAACAUCGGCUCAAGAUUGUCGAGUUCAUUGCUGUUCUGUUGAAAGCUGGUAAUCAAGCUGCAGAAGAAGAACUGAUGAAUUCUGGAACCAUUAAAAGAGUCUUAGAUCUCUUUUUUGAGUAUCCAUUCAAUAAUGCCUUGCAUCAUCAUGUUGAAAGCAUAACUUUAUCCUGCUUGGAGAGUCAAAAUGAUACUGUUACUGAUCAUCUUUUCAACGAUUGUGAUUUGAUCAAAAAGAUUCUUGACGCCGAUAAGCAUCCCAUGCUUUCUGGCGAUCUUAAACUUCCAACAUUACCUGCUGCUGAUAAGAAGCAGCCGAAGGCUGGUAAUCUAGGACAUAUAACUCGAAUUGCUAACAAGAUUGUUCAGAUUGGACAAGGCAAAAAAAGCGUCCAAACUCACAUUCAGGAAAACAGUGAAUGGAGUGAUUGGCGUGCUACUGUUUUGCAGGAAAGAAAUGCGGUAGAAAAUGUUUACCGCUGGGCUUGUGGGCGUCCGACUGCAUUGCAUGAAAGAAUGAGGGAUAGUGACGAUGAAGAUCUUCAUGAUAGAGAUUAUGAUGUUGCUGCUCUAGCCAAUAACCUUAGUCAGGCUUUUAGACCUGAUAUAUUUGUCAUUGAGGGUACUGAAGAGGAUAAUAGUGCUGUUAAUAGGGAUGACGAGGAUGUCUACUUUGAUGAUGAAACCGCUGAAGUUGUUAUAUCUUCGUUACGGCUUGGUGAUGACCAAGGAAGUUUGUUCACAAAUUCAAAUUGGUUUACAUUCAAAGAUGAGAGAACCGAUAGUGCUCCAGUUAGUACUUCCCUAUCUGAUGCAAUGGACGAUAUGAAUGUGAACGAAACCACAAAUGGUGGGAAUAGCAGCAGUGAUGAUGAUGUUGUGGUUGGCGAGGAUGAAGAGUUGACUGAGGCGAAAGACUCCAGUAAUGUUCCAUCCACUUCCAAGCAGAAUCAUGUGGAUGAACUAGGUACAAAUUUGGUUGAUAGUGAGAAUGACAAGCUGGACUCUUCUUUUGAGACGGAACCCAUUGAAUUUGAUUCUCCCGAUAGUAAAGAUCAAUUUGAUGAAAGACCUGUACCUGAUUUGGUGAACUGGGGUGAAGCAUCAGGUUUGCUUGUUGAGGGAUCAAGUACUAGUCCGUUCUUUGAUAACAACCAAUCUGUCAAUCAUUCGGAAGCAAAUGAGACUGUAACACCUAAGAACAGCUCUGUUAAUGGGGAAUUUACACUACCGAAUGGCAGUUCAAGAACCAGUAAUCAGUCACUUAACGGUGAUAUAAACCAAAAACCUUCUGCUGCUUCAUCAUUGUUUGAAGAGGAUGUUGAGUUUGUUGGUGUCGAACCUGAGGGUACUGAGAAAGCAAUGGAACAGGCACUCAAGGAAGGAAUAGUUGGGGAAGCAGGGCCUUUAAAGAAAAAAGCCGUACCACUAAAAGUACCGGAUGAGAAGCCAGAUGAUGGUGCACCAGGGACAGAAUUCAACGAUGCAAAUUAUUGGAGAUUUGAGCAGGAGGUUGCUGUUCUUGAGUGAGGGGCGGCUGAUUAUUCAAGAUUUAUGAAGCUAAAAGUUGAUAUCGUUGCUUGUGACCCCCUUUGCAAACCGGCAAAUGCAUAUAAGCCAAACUUAUGUACAGUAUGUCUGGCUGUUCUCUGUGGAGUAUCAUAUGAUAAUUUCCACUGGUUAAUUUUGUUCUUCACUUAUUACAUGUUCUGUCCAUUGUUCGACCAGCGUUGAUUCUUUGACGUAUUUGUUUUUUCACCUUUUAUAUAUUUCUUUUUUGGGUCAAGCAAUUCUGUCUAGGAGUUGAAUUUUCGGUAUGAGAUAAGAGUUCCAAGUUCCAACAAAACUUUAGUUACUAUAGUACCUUAUGGGGAGGCCCUCCACCAUAAAAUCUGUUUUUUGUAUACUUUCUAUCUGUUUAAAUUUUGGUACAGUUUUGCAGCCAGGUUUUGCUGAUUUUGGCACCAUGUUUGUAGUUUGCGGCAUACAAUUUCAACUGAAAUCGAUGCAGGGGGAUUUUGUGGUUCUGGUCUACA